ACAUUCCAUCCUAACCAUUUGUUCUCACGGUUGCGUCAACUAAUCUAUGGUUAUUUUAUUUAUUUUUGAUAGGUUAACUCAAUACCAAUAAAUUAUUAGGAAAAACACCUAUCAAAGCGAAUGUUAUAUGGUUUUGGUUUUCCCAGAUAACCUGUCUGUAAUUUUUUUUUUUUUUAACAAAUGUAUUGGAUCAGUAUAUCUGCACACAAACAAUUAACGAUGUGACGUCAUUUCAGAACUUGUUAAAAAAGGAGGAUAUCUUUGAAUGCUCAGUCACACGUGUACUGGCUGUGAUUGCGUUACUGUUGCGCGGUGUACGUACGGCUGCAGGUGGUUGAAAUCGGAAGGAUAAAAAGUGAUAAGUCAUGUCGAAGGAAGGUAGCAAAACCUCUGAGAAAGUUUCUGUACUUACCAAUGAAGUAUUAAGGGGGAAUCCAGCUGAAGCUGAAGUUUUAUUGCCAGUACAGUGUGACAGCCAUCAUAAGUUCGAGGAAGACAGUAGUUCAAGAAUAAUGUUUGAUAGUUGCCGUAAUGCUCUGGCCAGUCGUAAAGUGAUUGUUGAUUUGCUGGUUAUCUUCUUUGGUAUCGGAGCAUGGAUUGGUAUAAAUGGAAUGUAUGUACAGCUGCCAUUAAUGGUGCAGACUCAACCAGAAGGAUGGAAUUUACCAUCAUACCUUUCCAUUGUUGUUCAAAUUGGAAAUAUUGGGCCUAUUUCAUACACACUGCUUCAGAAAUUUUGGCCAGACAGAGUAAGAGAUAGCUGGCUUAUUUACGGAAUCCUCACUGUGGGCUGCACUUCUUUGCUGUUGAUGUCGUUCUUCUAUAAAGAAGUAACAUUCUUUGGGGAGACCGAGCAUAGCACAGCUCUACUGUCGUUGGUUUUCUUUGUAGCACUGGUUGGUUGCACAAGUUCCGUGUUGUUCAUGCCUUUCUUGAGGCAUUUUAAAGGCACGUAUCUGAUCUCCUACUUUGUUGGUGAAGGUUUGAGCGGCUUUGUACCCAGCAUUGUAGCUCUAAUACAAGGAGUUGGUGGUAAUCCUAUAUGUAUAAAUGAAACAGUGAAUGGCUCAAACAUAUGGACUUCCUAUACACCACCACCUCGCUUUUCUACUGAAUCUUUUUUUAUAUUUUUAUUUUGUACGUUGGUUCUUAGUAAUCUAUCAUUUGUCAUGUUAAACAAUCUGAAGUAUCUGAAAAGUGAGAAAGUUUAUUCAUCCACUAACUUGGCAUACAAACAGAGCAGUGACUCCACAAACACACCUGUGCCUGUUAGUACGAUUCAAGGUUUUACCAUGGACGAUGAAAGACUAAAAACUAGCCCAAAUGACGAUAAUAGUUCCUAUGGAAAGGCAGGAUCACAGGAUGAUACCUUGAAGCCUAAAGAUCUCUCUCGUAAAGUAUAUAUUUACUACUUGGUGUUGGUUUCCUGGUUGUGCUUCUUCAGCAAUGGUUUGUUUCCUGGUAUCCAGUCCUAUUCGUGUCUCCCAUACGGCAAUGUUGCAUACCAUCUGGCUGUUACGUUGGGGAGCAUGGCCAACCCUGCAGCGUGCUUCUUGGCAUUCUUCAUGCCAUACUCGUCUGUGACGGCAACAACUGUCAUGGGCGUACUGGGCACUGCCUUGUCAGCAUUCAUCGCAGCAACAGCGUUAUUGAGUCCCACGCCGCCACUGGUUGGCACGACAGGAGGAGAAGCCCUCAUAGUGUUGGUGUGGAUUCUUUACACUGGCUUGAUCUCGUACAUCAAAGUAUCAGUGGCGUCUGUAUUCAGGCAAGAAGAUGGACGAAAACUGUUCUGGUGUGGUGCAAUGCAACAGCUGGGAUCUGCUCUUGGUGCUAUACUCGGGUUCUUUUUAAUAAAUUUUGCAAAUAUAUUUCACUCAUAUAUACCUUGCCAAUAGAAAGCGUAUUUUUACAGAAAUAAAACCUCGAAAAACUAGUAGUAUUUAUAGAUGGCUGUGAUAUAUAUAUUUUUUUUUAGAAAUGCAACGAAACGUGUAUAAGUACAGUAGCAUUUAAAAGUCAUUUUUAUAAUACUUUUUUAUCAUCCUGUAGCAUUAACUAGCAUUUAUUUAAAUGUCAUUCAUUUGCAAGAAAACAGCUAACAUAAUUUUCAUGUUUGCAGCAGCAGUCAUAGAAUUAUAUGUUCAAAUUAGUGGUGUACACAGGAUGGGAGAGAGGGGAAUCCCCCCCCCCUCCUAUUCCAAAAAAAAAUCUUCUCAUUCCCGCAAAGAAAGCAAAACAACAUACAACGUGGUUCCAUCAAACCCCCAUUCCCAUUCCUCCUCCAGAAUUGAAAUUCUGUGUAUGCUCAUUCAUAUCAAGAUCAGUCAUUAUUUUAAUGGAAAUGAAACAAUUCCCCAAAAAAUUCCAGUCACAUUUUUGUUGGUUUGAUGAAUAAUGCAUUUAAUAAUGUUUUAUCAUCCGUUCAGUUAAUGUUGUCAGCAUAAAAUGUGUAAGUUAUCAAUACGUUUUGUAUUUUUAUUUUAUUCUAGCAGCAUAGUCAACCCUUACUGUUAAAUGUUACUAUUUUAUUACCAGACAUGUCUUUUUCUUAGUAAAAAAAGUAACUGGAUGAUGUAUAGGUGCGUAUUAUAUACAGUAUAAAACCUUGAGCUCAAUUAUUAGUGUGUAAGUUAUGUGAGGUCAUCUUGUUCAGGGCCGUCUAAUGAUUGUAAGAUCAAGGCAAUCGUAAAUACUAUCGUACUACUAAUAAACAAUUAUUUACAUUAUCAAUCAACAGAUAAGAUGUGACACUAGCAAUUAAGUUUACAUUAUUGAUCAGUAAGCCUGAUUACUGGGCCUGUGUGAAUAGGAUUUUCGGUUUGAAUAUGAUUAUACAAUUACUCUCCAAUUAAAAUAGUAAAAUACAGUUUUAGAUUUUUUGUGGAAAAAGAAAUUUUAACUGUAAAUUUUUUUAGUUGUACCAGUGUACCUUGAAAGUCCUGCCAUAACUGCAUUUUUUGAUCCCUCCUGGGUUCUAAAAUAUUCAAUAGUGAGAACAGCAAUGACAUCAAUAUGAAUCCCAUAAAAAUUUUUUCAGCAUGUCGCAAUUAAAAUGAAUAAGAAAAUUCUACCCAUUUCACACAAAAAUAUUCAAAUAGUUUUAUUCCUGAAAUAGUAAUGAAAUGAGCUCAUAUUUACAUUUUAAACCCUAGUUAUUCACCCAUUUUUAAUGGUGACCUGGAAAACUGUAUUACUGUUCAAUAAUAUUAGGAACACAUUUACACCAAAUUUCUCUAGAAUUUGUAGUCUGUAUAGACUUUUUUUUUGUCACAAUGUUUGUUUCAUCACAGAUAAACGCAGCAAGCAAGCUUCUUCUGUGUCACAUGGUGGUAGAGAUUUAUAUAUCAUCACAACUUGAGUUUACUUAUUUAUUUCUGUACUUAAUAUUUGCAUACUAUUAAUUUGUUUUCUGCUACUGAUAUGCAUGUGAAACAAAUACAAAUAUAUAUAAAAAAAAUUGUUUUCAAUUUUAAAAUUCAAAGAAACUAUGUUUUUAAUCAUGCAAGGUUGUAUUGAUAUAAUUUUGAUCACAUGUUGUCUCUGUAAAAUGCUAAGUAUUAAUCACUUUUAUUAUUGUGCUUACCAGUCCCAUUAAAAACAUAUAAAUGACUUAACCUCAACAGUCAAUGUUGAAAUAUGUGUACAGCAGGUUCACUAUUUUUUUUAUGUUUCACACUAAAUUUAUGAUUUUCAAUACCAUCUUUAAAUAAAUCAAUACAUUAAAAUAGGAUGCAGACUAAGGGCCGGUUUCACAAAGUCUGGUUAUCGUCCGAUUAUCUUCUGAUUAAAAUUUAAGUGCUGGUUAGCAGAAUUACCUGUUUCUCAAUAUAGGGUUAACAGCAAUCGGAUGAUUAACUGAUGGUAACCAAUGGUUAAGUUAAACACAAGAAGAGGUUCUGAUUAGUUGGCUACUGCUGAUAGUUUUGAGGUUAUGUAUAUUUUUGAAGCUGUUUGAAACCACAUAGUGUGCAAAACAGAGAUAAUUGAUUGAAGUGCCGCAGUGAUGAUGGCGAAUGAAUUGAACAUUUUGUUUGAUGAUGAUGAUGAAGAAAUUGUUGAUUAUUUAAAUAGACCACGAAUAUUUCGAGUAAGGCCAAAUCACUUUCAAAUGAAUGACAGUGAAUUUGCAAUGAGGUUUCGGCUUAGCAAAAAUACGGUCCUAGCACUGUUGCAAAAAAUAGAAAGACAGUUGGAAGUGCCCACAGACAGGUUAGUUAUGGCUUUUUUCUUGUUAAUCUAUUACAAACAAAAAAAAGUACUUUUUGUGUGAGCUUCCAUUUGAAAUUUAUUUGGCUAUGUAAACAUGUGAGUAUAAACAAGUAUUUUUGUUUUCAGGAAUUUUUCUGUCUCUCCUAUUGACCAACUUCUAGUAACCUUAAGGUUUUAUGCAUCUGAUGGAUAUUUUAUUUCCGUUGGUGAUUACUUCGGUUUACACUAGAGCACUGUAUGUCGUAUUGUAAAAAAGGUUACUCUUGUGAUAGCAAUGCUCCGCAGAGAAUAUAUUGCAUUUCCUGAGACAGAUGAACAAUAUCGGCUGUUACAUGAAGAAUUUUACAAUGUGGCACGGUUUCCAAAAGUAAUCGGAGCUAUUGACUGUACCCACAUCAAAAUUAUUUCUACAGGUAUGAAGACUUACGUAGUGUGUAGGCCUAAUUUUAUAUUUGUUAUAUACAUAAAUGUCCAAGGGCAGCUAUCGGUAAAUAUGUAGUUUAGGGGUAUUCCUUAAAGAAUAUACUUAAAAAUCCUAAAAUAACUUAAUUCCAUUCUCUAAACCGUCCUGAAUUUAAUAAAAAAAACCGGAGAUAAGAAAUUCCAAAUAGUUUAUGAGAAAUUGCCAUUUUUAUUUUCCAUCACUAUACCUUUGCAUUCAUGCAGAAAUAUCGUAUCCAACAUAAAAAUUACUUUUUACAUCAAGUUACCGCUUAUUUUCGUCCAUAUUGAUGUUUGUUUACAAUUUUCUCUAACCGAACCUUAAACACUGGCCAAAAGUAACAAACGAAGGUAGCACGACAGCCAAUCGCGAUCCGAUACGUCAUCGCCUGGUUGCCAUAUUUCCCUUAACCGUUGUUUAGUUAAACACUUGUUAAAAAUACGUUGGGAAACAGUCAAAUGAUAAUCAGUACUUUAAUGUCCUGUUUAAAUUAAUCGUUCGAUUAGAUAACCGAAACUUUAAACAGACUUUGUGAAACCGGCCCUAAGAGUAAUAAUAAAACCAGAACCAUGUUUCAAAUUUUGCAAGAAAACAUUUUUAACAAAUAUGAAUGACCAAAGUAAAGCAAUAACUUAAGGUUUUGUUGUGAACUAGCUUAAUGUUAUAAUUUGAAGAAAAAAAAUUGCUCAAAAUUUUAUGUACUUACUAAGUUUAUCUUUGUAACAUUUUAAGAAUUCUUACUAUGAGGGAUGUCUUUACAAUAGGUAGUGUGAACUGUGUAAUCUAAAUUUGUGAUACUUGUGUUAGUAACUUUUUGUUUUUACAAUUUUAUGCUAUAUAUUUUCUAACUCUCUAUUCAUGUUUUGUAAAUAAAAAUAUUGUUUUUAAUUUCAAGCAUUUGUAUGCAAAUACACCAAAAAUUUAUUGUUUUGCUCUAUACUCACAAGUUGAUUACCAAGUAAGUUUGUAGUCUAAUUUUGUAAGACCCAGAAAUUUUUUCUGGGUCCUAGGUUUUAGUAUGUACAGAGAACUCUUGACCCAGUAAAAAAAAACUGAAUCAGAAAGCUGAGGCACAAAGUUUCCUUUGUACAUCUAGAUACACACAUUAAAUUCAGAUAUGGAUUUCUUUAAUAUGCAUAAUUUUCUGCAAUAUUUAUUGUUUAUGUAUUUUGUUCUCUUGUAUUACAAUGUUUUUUUGUGUUGUUGCUAGGUUGUGUGAAUUUUUUUGGGUUAUCAAAUCAUUAUAUAACUUGUUUAAAUAGGGAUGUUCUUUCAAAGUUUCUAUUUUUACGAAAGACAAAGUUUAAAAUUUAAAAUAUGAUAGUUCAAAGUUUAGAUAUUAAAGAAGAAAAUAUUUGCAUAAAUCCAAAUUAAUUUCACUACAGGAGCUGCAAGAUAAGUAAACAAAUAGCUCGUGUGAUGGCUACAGCCCGCAGUAUUGAAUUCAUCCACAGCUGACCACCUCAUUCCCAACAUGUGUUGGUUUCCAGAAUUUUUUUUGUUACGUUAACAUAACAUUAGUAUUACUUAAAAAAUACUCAAAUGUUUUAUACAAGGACUACAACUUUUACAUCAGUUCAUGAGAUCUUAAAUACUAUGCAAUGCAACAUUAGCAAACACUAUCUCUGUGCAACCAAAGUUGCCAAUAAGAGAAAAAAUCGGGACCUGUAUUGGGUAACCUGUAAUGGGGAAUAAAGAGGCUUAAGGAAAGUAAAUAGACACAGGAUAAACUUUAAUAACAUUUUUGCGAUUUAUUGCUGUGGCAAAAGAUUUGAAAACAUUUUUCUUUUACAUGUUUUUGUAACUUUCACAUCUUUUCACAAAUAAUUCCCACUUGCGCCAAAAUUAAAGUUUACUCAGAGUGUGUUUUAGGGACUAGUGUAUGUGAUAUCCAUUUCCAAUGGAUUCUUGUGAGAAAACUUGAGAAUUUAGUAUUGGAAUAUUAAUAUAUUUAAAUUAAUUAACAUCUUGAAACUUAAGUGAUAAAAAUAUAAUUUUGCAUAUUUAUGACCCCCUAUUGCAGCUAAAAAUAAAGCAUGCCAAGCUCUGCUUAAUUUUUAGUAUAAGAUGCAUGAGCAAUGUCCAUUUUCAAUGGCUUCCUGCAGGAAUGCAAUACUAGUAGGUUUUACUGACGUCAUGCUACCUGCAACACUAUACCUUUUGGAAUGACACUAUGCGCUAGUUCACGGUUAACAUAAUUUAAUUCACAAUAAGUCUUAUUAGUAUGCAUUCAGCACCAUCUUUUCUAUAGUUUUAAUUGUGUGUGCUGACUGUAACUGGCAGCCGUAGUGUGACGAAUGAAGUCGCUCCCAUCAGAGGCACAUGUGCCACAGGUACCAAUCCAGACACGCACGUACACCGCUGCGGGCUGCAAGAUCCAAGUUCCCGACCCCCAGCACGGUUGAAACUUUCUGCUCCGACCAACUCUUCUUCCAGACCAUCCUUCCUGUCCUGUGUUGAACCUGCCUGCUUAAUGCUUGCAAGAAUUUAACCCUGCAUGAAUGUGCCCAGGGAUUUCCCUGUGUAUGAAAAUUCUACCUAGACCCAACUAAACUAGUUACAAUAGUCAUGACAUCAAUUAUGCUACCAAACAAAUACACUUAGUUUUAAUUAGGCUAGGAGAAAAAAAAAAUAGUUAAUUUACUAGCAGGCAUGUGCAAAUAUCAGCUGGAUUGCUCCGUGGGCAAGGGGGGAGGCGUAUUACAUUAAUCAUUCAUGUUUCACAGUUGCGAUUUUGCAAUGGCAAAGCAAGUGAGUUACAAUUGUAUCCCAAGCACUCCACCUUUUCCAACUAAUUCUAACUUCGAUUGCUGCAAGCAGCCUCUUUAAAUAAUAAUAGAUUAUUUUUCUAUACUGUUAAAACUGUAUCCUUAUUAUCAGACUGCUAUAGAACUAAAAAAGCUAAACAAAGACAAAGUAUAAUAAUAACCCAAGAUGGAGGUUUUAGCCAGGCCUUAGGGUUGAGUUUCAACCACCAUGAUAAUUUUUUUUAUCUACUUUUCUUUUAAAUUUUAACUUAUUACUUCCCUUACAUUUGUUGUUCUGCCACAAAUAUUUUCAACAGAUAUUCACUGUGUGUUAUAUCAUGGGUGUGAAUAGUUGUGCAAGUGAUGAUAAUUACAAAGACUUGUGCGCCUUUUUUUAAAUCCAUGAUAUUACACUAAGUGAACAUCGGUUGAAAAUAUUUAUGCAAGAAAAACAAAUGCAAGGAAGGUAUAGAGUUAAAAUGUUAAAAAUACCCAUUGAAAAAUGCAAUGGGGAAAUAUUGCGGGGGUGGGAAAGGGGGGGGGGGGGGACCAAAACAAAAAAAAAAGCAUGAGACAGCCUUUUAAUGUAAAUAAUGACAGUUACUUGUUCACAAUCCUCAGGAAUGAUUCAAAAUCUUGUAAACUUUAAAUCACAUCAGGAUUUUAUGUCUAAAAAAAUAAUCAAUAUUAGUUAUUCCUGUUUUUAUUUAAGUACCUAUAACACAUCGCAGAACAUGUCUUCCCUUGCAUCAGUUUUCCAUGAAAUUUGUAAUGAAUGUUAAGUUACAUAAUUUUUGCAUAAGUUAGGAGUAGUUGAUAAAUGCUUAAUGGAAGUUUUAUUACAGAUAUGUAUUCACUGAUUAUUAGUAAAAUUAAAAAAAAAAAUUGUUAUCUAUAAACUGUUUUCUUAACAGAAUGUGAAUGAAUUCAAAAAAAUUAUGUGAAAAGUAAAGCUAUACCGAUACAAAUCAGAGGAAGCCAAUUAUGCCGGUAUUUAGUUGAAUUGGCAUUUCUGCUGAUUCACAAUACGCUUGUUAAUUUUCAGCUGAUACUACUAAAAAAUUAAAGUAUACGCCAUAACCUUAAAAUUUAUGAGUACCCUUUUCACAUUUCAUAGUACUAAAUACUUUGAACUCACAUCAUUUCUUAUAUGGGUGCCUGCCGUACACAUCAAACUUAAAACACCCUGUUUUAAUAACAUUCUUGAAUUUAAUACAUUGUAAUUAAAUGUAUCACCAUCACUGUAAAGUUCUGUACGAACAAAGACUUGAUUUAUAAUCAUGGCUGCCACAACAAAAUAACAGAAAAUACCAACUGCUCAAAAUGCAAAAUAAAUGUCCGUAAUAUUGUGACCGACAUUUUUAAAUUAAUUUACGUCAAGUUUUCAAAGUUGAAUUAUAUAAAAAUAAUGUACUUACAUAACCUGAAUUACUUUUACAUUUUUCCAUGCAAAGCAAACUUUCUGUUUUGGUAUCGUGAGUUUUUGCCACCACUUGCAUUAAUUUGGUAUUGUAAUUACCAUUCUCUAAUUGUGAACAUCUACAAAUUCCCACAAUCUUGCACAUUUGAAAUUCUCUUUCUAUUUUGUGAAAUCAAUAUAAUUCAUAGUUACCUGUUUAAGGAUCUUAUUUUGCAAAUAAAUAAUUAAUUUCUGUACAACAGAAAUUAUGUCUUUCUGAUACAUGUACUUACCUAUGUGUACCUGCAGAGACUUUUUUCAGCACGUGGAAUUGUUAAUGGUACGAAAAUAUGUUAAUUGAAAAAUUAAGAAUGUUUUCUAAAUAAAAAUUUACGAAUUCUGUAAUUGGUUGUAGUUUAGAUGUUUUCUAGUGAGCUAAUGUAUGGAUAUGUCAAUUUGUUGAAUUGUUUACUGUCAAAAUGUUUUAUGACAGUGAAUUUCAGACAAGCACACACUGGUUUUUGUAUUUUUUAUUACCGCUGGUUUAAAAAAAAAUGAUCUCCCAUUCUGUACAUCUUAGGUUAUCUUUCUUUUUAAUUAACUUUUGUUUACUGAAACUAAAAUGCAUGUGCAAUUAGCAUUGCAUUCUUUUCUAAGAAUGAGACUUUUAGCGUACUCCAAUAUAUUUUUAAAAAUAUUUUUAACCAAAAUGUUCCCCCACCCCGUAUCAGUUCGGAAAUGGUGGAUAUGUGAAUCUGUAAAGCUCUAGUGCACUGAAAGAAAUUAGCCCAAAUAUAUUUUUUGAAUGUUA